AUCCUCGAUUUAAAAUAAUACGACGAGUGGUUGGGAUUAGAGAUGCAUCAGAGAUCAGAAACACGUGGAAUGAAUUAUGAAGCAAUGUGGUUAUUCCUGAUGAGAAGUGAUAGUCAUUAGUUUAAUGUCUUUAAUUUUGGCUCCUAAAACUAGUGUUUAAUGCAAGAGAACUCUACUGCCAGAAGUUGUUAUGUAUUCAGAGUCAUUCGCUGUUCACCCUUACGAAAUUCUUCAUGUCACCUGAGUAUGGGAUGCAUCGUAUUGGUGACAAAUUUAUGUUUAAUCGUUAUGUAUACAUUUGUCAUUUUAUUCAUAAAAUAUUUUGAUUCAUUGAGUUUAUAAAUCAUUUCUGACUAUUUCAUUUUUAGUUAUUAAAAUAUGGACUGGUUAAUCCAAGGAAUGUUCUCAAUCGCACACUGAGACAUUCUAGUUUUUCUGAAUCCGAUGAACCAACGAAGUGUGAAUUACAAGAGGCUUUAUUGAAUGCAGUUGGUCAACUGGAUCGUUUAAGAAAACACCGUAUAAAUCAAAAAACACGUAUUGAUAAAUUACAAGAACGAUUAGAUCAUAUGGGUACUGAACUGGAUUCCAGUGUAGAUACUAUUCGUCAUCAUCAAAGAAAUUAUGAAGCACAAAAACGUAGAACUACUAUGGAGAUUACUCAUUUACGUAAUCAAUUAGCUAAAGCAACUGCUUUAUUAGAACAGUUGAAAUUGUUCUUCAGUAAAACAAAUGUGAACACUAGUUCUUUGGACCACAAUAUGCGAGUUGUGAUUGAGAAUUUACUAAGAAAUGUACACACAAAUAAUGAACUGCAAGAUGUAGAUACUUUAAGUAUCGACGAUUUAAAACUGAGAUUAUCUAUUGCUCAAAAUGAGCUUACUCAAUUGCGAUUAGAUAUGGCACGUCAAAGAGAAGAUGAUGAUCGUGAGGCAUCAAGACUUCGGGGUCAGUUAGCUGAAGCAAAUUCAAAUGCAAGAGCUUUACGGAUGCAGUUAAAUCGCCUUAUACCACAAAGCAUUUCUUCAAGCAAACUUAAUAGUUUGGUGAAUACAAACUCAUCCGAUUCCUCAAGCUGUACAAAUUGUCAAAAACUUCAACGUCUCAACGAUGUUUUACAACGUAAACAAUCUAAAAUGAACCCGUUUCCUGAUUUAAUCGAUCAUCAAGGGAAUAUAAUAAAUCAUCAGAAUUUUGUUUGUGAGGACAGUGCCUUUAAGAAGAAAGCAAUACACAAGCCACACUUUAUGAACAGUUUCGUUCAAACAGAUUUGUUGAAUGAUAUUCCCGCAACUGAUUUUAUCCAAAAGGUUGAUGUAGCUAUUGACCCUAUUGGUGGAUACGAUAACAUCUCACCACAUCUCCCGGUUGAAAAUUGUAAAUAUGUUCAAACGGAACCAUUCGUCAUAGGCAAUGACAUAACUUCAUGCGAAACUUCUUCAUCUGGUGUAAUUUUGGUUGAUGGAAGUUUAAAACAUGGUAGUGUAAACGAACCAAGCAACCUAAGUGAGGUUCAGUUAAAUAACCUUCAUGUAUCCAAUAAAUCGGCACCAGUAUCAUUAAUGGAAAACGACAAUGAAGCCGCAAUAAAUAGUUAUCGAAAUUCGAUGCUUCAUUCAAUUGGUGAAUUAAAGCAUGAUAACUUGGUUAACCCGAGCCAAAGUGUUAAUGAAGAUUCGUUACAUUCUCAGUUGUUACAGCGAAUAAAAGUAGCUGAGGAGGAAGCGAUUAUGGCUAUGGAUCAGUUGAAGGCAAGUAAUGCAGAGUUUCUUACUUUAAAAGAACGCUUAUGUCAUGCAACUGUAGAACGUGCACAUUUAAAAGCAACCAUUGAAGGAUUGGAUGAACAGUUAUUAAAAUAUGGACUGGUUAAUCCAAGGAAUGUUCUCAAUCGCACACUGAGACAUUCUAGUUUUUCUGAAUCCGAUGAACCAACGAAGUGUGAAUUACAAGAGGCUUUAUUGAAUGCAGUUGGUCAACUGGAUCGUUUAAGAAAACACCGUAUAAAUCAAAAAACACGUAUUGAUAAAUUACAAGAACGAUUAGAUCAUAUGGGUACUGAACUGGAUUCCAGUGUAGAUACUAUUCGUCAUCAUCAAAGAAAUUAUGAAGCACAAAAACGUAGAACUACUAUGGAGAUUACUCAUUUACGUAAUCAAUUAGCUAAAGCAACUGCUUUAUUAGAACAGUUGAAAUUAUUCUUCAGUAAAACAAAUCUGAACACUAGUUCUUUGGACCACAAUAUGCGAGUUGUGAUUGAGAAUUUACUAAGAAAUGUACACACAAAUAAUGAACUGCAAAAUGUAGAUACUUUAAGUAUCGACGAUUUAAAACUGAGAUUAUCUAUUGCUCAAAAUGAGCUUACUCAAUUGCGAUUAGAUAUGGCACGUCAAAGAGAAGAUGAUGAUCGUGAGGCAUCAAGACUUCGGGGUCAGUUAGCUGAAGCAAAUUCAAAUGCAAGAGCUUUACGGAUGCAGUUAAAUCGCCUUAUACCACAAAGCAUUUCUUCAAGCAAACUUAAUAGUUUGGUGAAUACAAACUCAUCCGAUUCCUCAAGCUGUACAAAUUGUCAAAAACUUCAACGUCUCAACGAUGUUUUACAACGUAAACAAUCUAAAAUGAACCCGUUUCCUGAUUUAAUCGAUCAUCAAGGGAAUAUAAUAAAUCAUCAGAAUUUUGUUUGUGAGGACAGUGCCUUUAAGAAGAAAGCAAUACACAAGUCACACUUUAUGGACAGUUUCGUUCAAACAGAUUUGUUGAAUGAUAUUCCCGCAACUGAUUUUAUCCAAAAGGUUGAUGUAGCUAUUGACCCUAUUGGUGGAUACAAUAACAUCUCACCACAUCUCCCGGUUGAAAAUUGUAAAUAUGUUCAAACGGAACCAUUCAUCAUAGGCAAUGACAUAACUUCAUGCGAAACUUCUUCAUCUGGUGUAAUUUUGGUUGAUGGAAGUUUAAAACAUGGUAGUGUAAACGAACCAAGCAACCUAAGUGAGGUUCAGUUAAAUAACCUUCAUGUAUCCAAUAAAUCGGCACCAGUAUCAUUAAUGGAAAACGACAAUGAAGCCGCAAUAAAUAGUUAUCGAAAUUCGAUGCUUCAUUCAAUUGGUGAAUUAAAGCAUGAUAACUUGGUUAACCCGAGCCAAAGUGUUAAUGAAGAUUCGUUACAUUCUCAGUUGUUACAGAGAAUAAAAGUAGCUGAGGAGGAAGCGAUUAUGGCUAUGGAUCAGUUGAAGGCAAGUAAUGCAGAGUUUCUUACUUUAAAAGAACGCUUAUGUCAUGCAACUGUAGAACGUGCACAUUUAAAAGCAACCAUUGAAGGAUUGGAUGAACAGGUCGCGUUACUUGAAGACUCUUUGUAUGAGCGUACACAGGAACUUCGUAGAAGUCAAAUACUUCUUGGGAAAUAUUGUCCAACAUCUCAAAAGCCUGUGACAUCAUAUCCUGUUGGACCUGAAGUACCGACAUCGGAAAUAUUUAUUAAAAUACAUGAACCAAACAAUAAUUAUACAGGCGAAUCAGCAGUUGUUAAUUUGAGAGGUGUUCUUCAAUCUUUUGAACCUACAGAAUCAUUUCUACGUUCUGUUCCCAUCAGAUUUAAAUCGUUACAUCAAUUAAUUAACCUAAAGGAUUGGCUAUCUGUUUUAUUGAAGCAGUUGGUUGUACGUAGUCAACAACUAACACCCGGAAUGUCUAGUGGUAUAAGAUUUACUUCAUUUCGUCUGCGAAGUCAACCUAGACCUAAAGCAAUGUUUAUAUUCUUGACUUAUUUCUUUUUUGUACAUCUAAUGCUAUUACAUUGUUGGUUAUUGUAA